GUCUUGGUCCGCUAGCGUCAAGGGACAUGGCGUCAACCAUCGUCCAGUACGUGGUCGUGCGAGGCGAUCUCAUCUCGAACUUAAGAUGGCCGACGGGGGCUGUGAUUGCACAGGCGUGCCACGCGACCACCGCCGCGCUGCACUUGUUCCGCGACAACGCCGACACGCAGCGCUACACCGACGACCUUGACCGCAUGCACAAGGUUGUUCUGACCGCGAAGGGGGAAGAUGACCUACUAGCGUUGGCCGAGGCGUUGCAAAGGGACGCUGUCCUGCACAAGCUGUGGACCGAGCAGCCAGAGAACAUUCCGACGUGUCUGGCGACGAAGCCCUACGAGAAGGCAACCGUGGAGAAGUACUUCAAGAAGUUCAAGCUGUUUAAGUGAAGGUCACAGACUACACAACGGACGUGCCGUCACGUUGUCUGUGUGGCGUGUACACUACCCUGUACAUCAGUUUACGAGAGUUGACUGUUAUGCCAUUCCUCCCGAGUUCAUGAAAAUAUUAAUGUUACAAUAUUUGUCACGAAUUCAUGUAGAAAAGUGGUAGAAUAAAACGAAUAAUGAAAU